AUGUUGUCUUGCUGUGGCCAUUUUACACUUGGUUCUGUGAAAAAUUAAAACACUCUUCUCACCUGAGCUUCGACGUGACAUUUAAAGAACUAUCGUUUGUUACAUGUGACACUGAAAAAGUGCAGAGACCAGGAGCAGAGUCAGGGGAUCAACAUGGACUAUGAGCGGAGGGGUGGGCGAGUUGAUCGCACUGGUCGCUAUGGCAACACCCACAACGAUCACAACUUUCGGGACAUGGAUUACCGAGGCUAUGACCAAGAGGACGAGGAGGUGGGAACAGGAUAUGAUGUCAGAGCAGAGGGGGACGGACCGUACGGCCACGAAGAGCCAUCACUGGGUGACUUCUCGCCAGGUCGCCUGCAAGACCGCCCGGGGGGGUUUCACCCGAGAGGAGAUGGGCGAGGGGACAUUGGGAGGGAGGGGAAAGGGCUCCUGUGGACCCCUCAGUCUGACUCAGCACUUCCCAUGCUCCAGAGAGAGGAUGAUGGCUCCAGGCGGGAGUUUGAACAUAUUUUGACUGGCCCGCAGGAAAGAGGUCGUGGAAGAGGUUUUCCUGACAACAGUGCCUCUCGUUCAGGGGGCAGGGAGGGCAACUGGGGGCACGGUGGGGGUGCACAUCCAGAACAGAUGGAAUACAAUACAGUGAGACAGAGAGAGGAGGAUAGGUUCUCUCGUGCGGCGGUGAAGAGGAGGGCUUUUGUAGUGGGGGCAGAGGAGCUGAGCUCUGGGAGUGCUGGUCCUGAGUUGUCCCUUGAGGAGAUGGAGCAGAGGGACCAGGACUACCGUGCAGAUCUGGACCACAACCAGAGGCCAAGCAACAUCAUAAUGCUCCGCAUGCUGCCACCCAAUGCCAGUGCCAAUGAGAUACGGGCACAACUUCAGGAGCAGGGGAUCCAGCCAAGAGAGGUUCGCCUCAUGAGAAACAAAUCCUCAGGUCAGAGCCGAGGAUUCGCCUUCGUCGAGUUUAAUGUCAUACAGGAGGCCACGCGCUGGAUGGAGACCAACCAGUCGGUGUUGUUGAUUCUGGGACAAAGAGUGUCGAUGCACUACAGCGACCCAAAACCGCGUGCCAACGAGGACUGGCUCUGCAACAAGUGUGGUGUGCAAAACUUUAAAAGGAGAGAGAAGUGCUUCAAAUGCAGUGUGCCAAAAUCAGAGGCUGAGCUGAAGUUGCCUCAGUUGCAGAGGGAUUUGUCUGUUGGGCUUCAAAAGGAGGGAACCCAAGGCUUGUUGCCCCUCCCGGCCCCCUACCACUCCUCUGGCCCUGCUGUGAGCCCGGGACAGGCCACACAGCAGGCGGACGUUGCCAAUGACACUCUGAUACUAAGAAACCUUGGCCCGCAUACUUCAGUGGAAACCAUCUUAUCUGCUCUGGCUCCAUUUGCCACUCUCUCCCCUUCCAACGUCCGCCUAAUCAAGGACAAGCACACCCAUCUCAACAGGGGCUUUGCCUUUCUACAGCUCUCUACCAUAGUGGAGGCAUCUCAGCUGCUCCAGAUCUUGCAGGCUCUCCAGCCGGCUCUCUCUAUUGAUGGGAAGGCCAUUGUGGUGGAGUUUGCCAAAGGCUCCAAACGUGAUGUGUUCCUGACGGAUGGCAGCAGAGUGAGUGCUGCUACUGUAGCCAGCACAGCUAUAGCUGCUGCUCAGUGGUCCGUCACACAGACUCCUCAGAAUGGAUCGGGGGGAGGCCAGACGACAGAUACAGCAGUGUAUCAGCAGGGGGCAGCAGUAACGUACAAUCAGGAAGGAGUGGAGUACUCUGGGCUCGAUGGCACACAUUUCAAAUCCCAGGGAGAUGCCAGGGCUUCUGCUUUACCCGGUGCAAGAACAGCCCUGAUGGGGGCGUACACAGGAGGAGCAGCUGCAGAGGCCGUGACCUCUGGAUCAGUGGUGCUGCAGCACACACAGAGUGCUCUCAUCUCCACAGCUAGCACUACACCAGUCACACAGGUUGAGAUAGUAGGAAAACCACAACCAGCUGCUCCAAGCCAACCUGCUACACCAGGCACUGAACACGAGCUCCAGCAAUACCCUGUGCCAGAUGUGUCCACAUAUCACUAUGAUGAGAGCUCUGGCUACUAUUACGACCCACUCACAGGCCUCUACUAUGACCCCAACUCCCAGUACUACUUCAACCCUCACACUCAGCAGUACAUGUACUGGGAUGGAGAGAAGCACACCUACAUUCCUGCUGCUGACGGUCAGUCAAACUCAGAAGGCGCUCCCACUAGCCUUGGCGCAGCCCCUUCAGACUCACCAUUUGGAACCCCUGGCAGCAAGGAGAAGAAAGACAAACCCAAGAAUAAAACUGCUCAACAGAUUGCCAAAGACAUGGAGCGCUGGGCUAAGAGUCUCAACAGACACAAGGAGAACAUGCGUUCCGUGUCCUCCUCCCCUGCCGUCGGCACCACAGCGCUCCCCCCUGGUUACGCUCGGGCCCCUGGCCACAGUCGCCUAGAUGACCGCAGAGAAUCUGCCAGUGCUGAUGCAGGCUAUGCUGUUCUGGAGAAAAAGGGUGCACUGUCUGAACGGCCUCAGAUCUUUCUGGAUCAGAUCCGACAAAGUACUGAACGUUCCCCUCCUCAGCAGCAGGGUCUGGUCCCAGCCUACAGUGGAGAAACUGACAGCGACGAAGAAGGAGGGGACAAAGAUGAGAAGGAAGGCAGAAUGACCGACUGGGUUAAACUGGCCUGUCUGCUGUGUAGGAGGCAGUUUCCCAGCAAGGAGGCACUCAUCAGGCACCAACAGCUCUCUGAGCUACACAAGCAAAACUUGGAGCAGAGAAGAGCCCAGCAGGAUUCUGCAGGAAAAGAGAGACUUGCAGAUGGACCGGAACUUCCUGAUCCUAAGAGGAGGAAGUUUAACCCCAUUGAUGGGAUCACAGGCACCAGUCUUGGUGCCAGGAUGCUGCAGGGAGGAGUGAAAAAAGGUUUUCUACUGCGAAACAUGCAAGUGGAGUGAGCCCUAAACCUGACAUUUCAAUUUGCUGACCCAGGCGGGACAAGGAUAAACCUAGCACGCAACACUUCACCAUUAACAUCAUCUAGAUAUCUAUAGAUAAAGCUCUUAAUUUUGGUUUAAUUACCAUUACCUCAACUGUGGUAAUACACUCGUGAACUGAUCCUGUAGCAGUGUAUGUCAGGAUAUUGCACAGAAUGCACUUUUUUGCUUUCUUCCUGAAUGAUGCAGUUUUUAGUUCUCACUUGCUUUAAAGCUUGUGUGUGAUGAUCAAGUGUUAUGUGGUUGGGAAACAUUUUCUGUUGGAAAGUGAAAGAUCAGUAUAGAUCUAAAGGCAGCGAAUGGGAUUUUCUAAUAUUACUGUCUAUGCACCAUAGAUUUUUUUAUUUAAUGCUAAAUGCCUUGUCAUUCAGUGAAUGACUGAUCUAGGCAAACCUGUGUAUACAUUUUAGAAGAGACUGUGUGGCCUCAUGAACUGGACAUUGUCACACUAAAAACAAGUGUGUAGAUGAAAAGUAUGUAGAUAUAAAUUCACAAUGUAAUACAUCAUUAUUUCUGAAGGAAGCUAUUCUGUAUUUCUUUAUUUGUUUAAUAUUGUGACUGUUUUAUCAAGCUCAUGUAAAUUAAUCCACAAUUA